UCGUAUCGAAGUCAUAAUUUUGGUCAUGUUUCAACACACUUUAGGUCAAUAUCACACCGGAAUUCUCCUUUAAGCCUCUCACUAUGGCAUUGCCAGCCUACAUUCGUGACACCACACAUGUCCUGUCCAUCCUAGUGGAAAUCUGUAAAGGAAUCUUUAGGAAGUCCACGGACAGGAACACUGUCACAGGCCGAUAGUUUUCAUCCUAGCACUCUUAUUUCAAAUAUCCCCUAUGGUCAGUUUCAAAGACUACGCAGAAUCUGUGACUCUGAUGUGGACUUCGAUGUAGGCUACAGGCCGAGGAUAUGUGCAAACGUUUUCAGUAUAGAGGGCAUAAGAAAAAAAGACCUAAAUUCAGCCCUGGACAAAGCAAAAUCAUUAAACAGGAAGGAUUUGUUCAAAAAAUCUCACCGAAAAAGGUACAUCCAAUAAUAAGAUCUUUUUCUCUACACAGUAUGGCUCUAUGGGUUUUGACAUUAGACGGGUAAUCAGAAAAAAUUGGAACAUACUACAUAGUGACCCUAAUUUAUGCCCAGUGUUUUUAGAGCCUCCAAUGUUCUCCUUCAGGAGGGCACCCACUCUUAAGGACAAACUAAUGAGGAGUCACGUCCCUCCUUCUAGACCUUCUUCAUGGCUUCAGAGACCCAAGGGCACAUACUGAUGUGGCUCAUGUAAUCAUUGUGACAAUGUUGCCCGUCAAAGUUAAUAUAUUGAUGUGUUUACCCAAACAUUUUAUUGUAAGGACUUUGCUAAUUGUAACACCACACAUGUUGUUUACAGACUUGAAUGUGAGAGUGGGUGUUUCUAUGUGGGGCGCAGUAAGCAAAGACUCCAAUAGCGUUCUGCAGAGCAUAAAUACGUCAAAAGAACUCUACAUUUCAAAGAGGCUGGACACACUGAUCUGAAAAACUUGAAAGUAAUGGUCAUUAAAGUAAUUUCUAGGAAUGUAAGGGGUGGAGACAGGCUUCAACGUCUUCAAAGGGAGACCUGGUGGAUCGUAAAACUCAAGGCCACCACCUUCCCAGGUCUAAACGAUGAUGUGGAUUUUUCACCUUUUCUAUAGGGCUUUUUAGUAAUGAUGGUAUGUCUGUUCUAAUGCUCUAUUGGUUUUGUUCUUAGGCAUAUCAUAGUUAGUAUGUCUUUGUGUAUAAUAUAAUUUAAUAAUAAUAUUUAAGUGCAGGAAGUAGCUUUGUGCAAACACUAUCUGCAUACAAUUAACUGUGUUUUCCUUGCGGUCCCUGGGACAGCUCAGUAUAUUUGGUUGUGAUGAGAUAAUUAGUAUCUCCAAUUACCUAGUCAUUGUUGUUAAGGUUUGGGUGUAGGACUUAGGUCAUGUGACCAUUCCUACACCUCUCUACCUGGUAAAUGUGCUCACCUGUGUUUGUCUAGCAUGCUGAUGAAAACUGUAUGGUAGAAACGCGUUGGCAUGUAACCAAUGCUUUUUAUAUUUAUCAGGACUGCCUCAAUUUGUCUGUUUUUUCAACGAUAGCCUCACACUUUACAGUUUCUGAGUGUUUAGAUACACAACACGUCAGACAGCACAGAUCUCAUGUCGAAGCUGACUCUGAAGUGCAGGUGUGCCUGCAGGUGAAUGAAACUGGGAUUUUCAAGGUCAUGAGGCGCUGGUGUAAAGACCCUUGCUUAAGGUCGCCACUUUGACCUUGGAGACAUCUAUGUCAGUGUGGAGUUGCAUUGCCUGAAGCCAGACGCGUGGCGUUUUAUUAUGAGCCUGGUGGCGGAGAGAGGCGUGCGUUAGGCUGCACAGAUAACCUGUCAGUGUUGCAGCCUUGUCCUUGCUGGUGGCGGGGUCAUUAUCUUGAUCAUCUAAAUUGCCCCCUAAAUUGGUCACAUGACCUGCAUCACAAAGGGUCCAGUCUUUUUGCAUUGAUUGAACUUAUCUAAAACGACUCAAAAGGAUGAAAUGGUUUUAGGACAAAAAGAAAACAACAGGGAGAUUGUAAAGAUAAGGCCUGGGGAUAAUUAACAACAGAUUCGGACGAGGAGAACUUACUGUAAUACUCCCGCAUCGAUUGGCUGUCAGGGGGGUGGAGGUGUGUGUGUGUGUGUGUGUGUGUGUGUGUGUGUCCAUAACGGAUGAACAGUGCCGUGUGUGUGUGUGUGUGUGUGUGUGUGUGUGUGUGUGUGUGUGUGUGAGAGAGAGACCUUCCCUAUAAAAGGUGGCUGCAGGUCAGGGCAGUUCUGUGUUGGGGUUAGGGUUAUGACUGUGCUGCUCUGCUGUGAUGGAUGUCUCUCUGGGCUGUGUGCUGUCACUCUUCUGGUUGCUGGGCGCGUCCCCGGCAUGGGCUCUGGCGGACUCAGAUGCUGAGGAGACUCAGCCGUCGUCAUCGGCAACCCUCCUGCAGGCUCUGCACUGCCCGCCCUGUGAGCGGAUCCACUGUUCUCCGCUGCGCACCCUCCAGCUCACGUGCAAGGGCGGCGUCACCACGGGGGUGUGCGGCUGCUGCCCCACCUGUGCCAGGCAGGCGGACGAGAGCUGCGGGGGCAGCUGGGACUACCUGGGCAAGUGUGACCAGGGCCUGGUUUGUGUGAUCGAGGGGGCCGAACACGACACUGCACGCAAAGGUGGCAUCUGCAAGUCAGUGCUGGAUGUGGACACCUGCCGACCGGACUGCACCUGGGAGUUCUGUCAAGCCAACCCGCAUGAGAUCUGCUCCGGCAGGCAUGUGUCCCUGGGGAAGCAGGACUGUCAGGGCUCCUGUCAGCACACAUCCUGCUCCAGCUGCCUGGUCCUGCAGCCGCCCCGCUGCCCCCAGUCCUGCGGCACCACCGACCCGGCCUGCCUGCAGAACUACGGCCGCUGCGUCAGGCGCCACCUGGCCCACACACACCACCCCCCCACCUGCCACCAAACCCUACAGAGCAACUUUGAGGGCUACUUCUUGUGUAUGGUGCCUCCCUGCCUGAACACGGUCAAAUGAUCAACUUCCUCUUCAAGGGACCCCAGCAGACAACGUUUCAGAAGAAUGUAGCAUGGACCAAGAUGGCAGCUUUGUAAAAUUUGUUUGAACUUUACAAGUGUGAUUAUAGUUGUUUGUUUGUUUCUGUGUAUCUUAAAAAAUCUGUCUUAGAAGUCCUACAUUGUGAUUGCAAACACAUGUAGGCUACAGGCUAAUUUGAUGGAAAGUUUUAAAAUAUUAAAACUAAAGUGUAAAGUAAUUUCAUGUUUUUUUUAUUAUUAUUAUCCAUUGCACUUUUCUAAAUA